AUGCAGCUUCAAUACCAACGCACAGGCUCAUCACCAACGGUGAUCAAUAACAGCAGAUCUAUCCCCAACAAUACAGGCCGCCAGUUCCUUGGGCAGAUCACCUCGGCACAGCUACGGCACAGGUCGCAGCUGAGAGCACUGGAGAAGGCGGAUGAGGGAGAAGUGGCAGAGGCGCUGCCAGCUCCAGAUGGAGUGGAUGCAGAGAUCCUGCGCUUACUCAUCCCUGCCACCCUGGCAGUGUUCCUCGACCCUGCCAUGGCCCUCAUUGACACAGUUAUUGUGGGGCGGCUUGGCAUGCACCAGCUGGGAGCGGUUGGCUUGAGCAACAUGGUGUUCUUUUUCGUGACCGUCUUCUUUUCAUUCCUGCUCGUUGUCACCACUCCCCGCGUCGCCGACGCGCUCGCGAUGAACAACCGCCGCGAGGCGUCCAAGGCGACGAUUCACAAUCUGUGGAUAGCGGGGGCGAUCGGCGCGGGCCUGUCGGCGUUCCUAUGGUUUAACGCCCCCAGGCUCAUUGGGGGAUUCAACCCGACGGCGGCGGUGGCGGCUCUCGCUGUAAGGCACCUGCGCAUCCGUUCGCUGGCGUGCCCUGCCGCCCUGCUGCUCUUUGUUGCCAACGGCGCCUUCCGCGGCGCGCGCGAUACCAAGACGCCGCUGGCUGCGGGUGUUGCGCAGAAUUUCGUCAACUUGUCUCUGGAUCUCGUGCUUGUUUUGGCUCUUGGCGUGGGCGUGGCCGGUGCGGCGACUGCAGCGACAGCAGCCCAGUACACAGGAGCAGCAGUGAUGCUCUACAUGAUGACGCGCAAAGACUUGCUGGUGCCUGCAGACAUGGGCAGCCUCCCGCCGCCCAAGCAGUGGGCAGACACUCUGAAACCUGGCAUCCCUUUCGCCUUCUGCAUCGCCGCGGUAGUCACCGCUUUACUCACCGCGACUAACCUCGCCACCGCUUUGGGCCCUGUGGCGUUGGCAGCGCACACGAUAGUGAAGCAGAUUGUGGAUUUUGCCAUGGCCAUCUUUGGCACCUUCUCCACCGUGGCUCAGUCCCUGGUUGCCACCUGUCUCGGCAAGGGUGACAAGGCGGAGGCGCAGCGCUAUGUGAAGCGGCUGCUGCAGAUGGGCGUCAGCGUCGGCUGCGUGACUGCCACCGCCAUUUUCCUGGGCCGCAACGUGCUCCCGCAGCUCUUCUCUCCCGACCCCACCGUCAUCGCUGCAGCUGCCACCGCGCUGCCGGUUGUCGCCGCCAGCAUGCCGCUGGCGCCAUGCGCGCUUUCACUGGAGGGGACAGUUCUGGGAGCGAGCCAGAUCACUUGGGUGGGGGGCCGCACGGUGCUGUCGGCCGCGGUGGCACUCGGCUUCUUCUCCCUUGUGGGCUCGCAGGGCUGGGGCCUCCCAGGGGUCUGGGCAGGCAUGGUGCUCUUAGUCAUCUGCAAUGCUCUGCUCGAUGCCUGGCUGCUGCUCUCCAAGCACUCGCCCAUAGCAAUCAAGGAGGCAGCCCUGUGA